AGGCGUUGAUAAGCGGAGGAGCCGGUGCGGAGCCUCAGCAGAGGUCCAGCGGUUUGAGAGCGACGGAAGGGAACGGAAACGGUAAAAUCGAUAAACACCAUAAACACCGGAUCAGACGCGUUUUUUUUCUGGACUACAGUCGGACGCAGAGACCGAGCAGAGCCGCCGCAGCGCAAACGACGCAAUUAACAGCCGCCAAGGUUCCGGGAAGCCCAGCUUUCUCCUCCCGUUUCUGGAUCCAACAAGCUGCGAAGCGAGAGGACAGCCAUGAUUUUCCCCCUGAGCCUCGUGUUGAUGCUGUCCGCCGCCGUCCUCUCAGAGUCGCAGGUGAGGGAGACGGAGACCUGGGUUCCCAUGAGCACCACGCAGACGGCCGCCAUGCUGACGGGCGGCACCGACCCGGAGGCGUCUGGAGAUUCUCGGACCGGUUCCGACUUCGGCUUCUCAGACGACGACGAAGACGAUGAUGAUGAUUAUGACGUCGACUACGAAGCUUCCGGGUCGGGAGCCGGAGGUACCGAGUCCACGGCUGGAGACUCCAGACCUUCGUCUAAGCCCGACAUGGAUAACCAGCUCCCGGACCUGCAGCGCCCGGUCCGGCCCACCGUGGACGAAGUGGACCUCGUCCAGAACCGGAACGAGAUUCCUGCGCUGGGAACCGGGCUCGGACCCAAGGACCAGAACCCGUCCAACGUUCUGAUGUCCCAGGCCACGGGGGACAGCGUCUUCAACAGCACGGAGGUCCUGGCAGCUGUGAUCGCGGGCUGCGCCGUCUUCCUGCUCUUCGCCCUGCUCCUCAUCCUCCUCCUCAUCUACCGCAUGAAGAAGAAGGACGAGGGCAGCUACGACCUGGGCAAGAAGCCCAUCUACAAGAAGGCGCCCACCACCGAGAUCUACGCGUAGGCCCCGCCCCCUGAGCUCUGGCCCCGCCCCCUGAGCUCUGGCCCCGCCCCCUGAGCUCUGGCCCCGCCCCCAGACCUCACACACACACAGACACACACACCUCAGCUCUGUCAGAACCCACCAGGGCCUCGUCUUCGUCGCCUCCGCGGACCCCACGCCCGGCUCCGCCCACCUGAUCUGCUGCCGACCAAUCAGAGGAGCCGCAGGGCGGGCCGGGUUCCCUGGACCAGAACCACAGAACGGACUCUUCGUCCCCGCAGAACACUAACCUUAUUUAUUCACUCGUCUUCCUCCUCUGCUCCGCCUCCCCGCCGAGGCCUUUUCUCAGACUCCUGGACCGGUUCUGUUGGUACCGAGGCCCGGCGGAGCGGGGACGGUCCUGUUGGGCCUCAGGUCCAGGAGAAACUUUCACAGUUCCCCCCCCCCACCACCACGAGGCGGUCCAAAGGUUCCCCUCGGCUCGGUUCUGGAACAUGGAUCCUGUUUUUUUUUUUUUUUUUUUUUUUCUUUACCCCGCCGGCACCAGAACCUUCUGGACCUCCUGUCUCCUUCCGGUUCUGUUGUUGUUCUGGUGGUUCUGACGGGCUUAGAUGCCUCCUUUGAUAAGCUACACCGACUGAGCGAAUCCGAUGCUGAAUAAACGGACGGCGGCGAGCCGGACCCGGCCGGAACCAGACUGAUCGGACCUGUACGUAGUCCUGCAGCAGAGACGUCUACCAAAUAUUUAAAGCCAAACGGUAACGACUGUAAAUGUAAAGUUUUGAUACUAACGCCUCGUUUUUACUUCCUGCUUUAGAUCAACGUUUCUUAAUUUAACUGUCAGAUGAUUUUAUUGCCUUCCUGCAGGCCCGGUUCUGCGGCCCGUUAAGCUGUUGUACAUGUGAGCUCAAAGUUUUAUACACUAGUUUGAUUCUCAGAGACCUAGUUUUGAAACGAUUUAUUUUGUAAGAACUUCUUUUUGUCUUUUUAGAUUGUUUUUUUUUUUUGCUUCAUAUUUAUGUUUUUUGCCGUUUUUUUUUAUUUUUAUUGUAGAUGAAGUGAUCACGUGGUUCAUCUCAAUGUUCAGGGGAUGUUGCGCUAACGAGCCACGGCGGCGCCACCAGACCCGACCCGGUUCCCCCGGUGCUCAGUCAGACGAGGUUCCAGAAGGUUCUGGUUCCUCGGGGGGGGGGGGGGCGGUUCUGGUUCUGGUGGGCCGGCGUGGAGAGAUUGUUCUGCUGCUUAAUGUCAAACACCAGUGGAGCGAAGAAGCCGGUGGGCUUCACAUGCCGGUUCUGAUUGAUUAUUGAAAUAAAACUAUUUUUAUGCACAAACGA